AUGGUCAGCCGAGCCACAUACAGUGGUAUUCCGGUCUAUGAAAUGAUGUGCAAAGGAGUUGCGGUCAUGAGGCGCCGCUCAGACUCAUGGCUCAAUGCGACCCAAAUUCUCAAGGUCGCCGGCUUUGAUAAACCCCAGCGGACUCGUAUUCUAGAGAGAGAAGUGCAGAAAGGCGAACACGAGAAAGUACAAGGUGGCUAUGGAAAAUACCAAGGUACAUGGAUACCCCUAGAGCGCGGUAUUGAACUCUGUCAACAAUAUAACAGCGAGCAGCUUCUACGGCCCAUCCUUGAAUUUCAUCCCGAAGCCAGCGACAAAAGUCCGCCACUGGCCCCAAAGCACCUUGUCGCUGCUCCGUCGAAUCCGAAGCUCCCUGCCCGCCGCGCGGAGCCACAUGCGUCAACCCCAACUGUUAGCACUCGCUCAUCGCGAAAAGCUCCCGUUGACGUGGGUGACGAUUCCGACCGAGAAACAUAUUCUGCUAAGGUUUCGGACGACGGUUCCAUGACACCCUCGCCCUCGGAAGCGUCGUCCAGCUCACGCACACCCUCACCUAUCCGGAGCAGCCCCGCGGCUUCGCUCUCCAUACUUGCUGAAGAGUUCAGAUCGCCGUCCCCGCCGAAUCCUCGCAAGCGCAAGGCUCGGCACGACGACGGUGACACAGAUAUCGUCUCCGAAGUAAACGGCAAGCAUGAAGAACCCGCGUCCUACGGCGAUCAGAUCCUUGAGUACUUCAUCUCGGACACGAAUCAAAUCCCCCAAGUUCUCAUUAGUCCGCCACCUGAUUUCGACCCCAAUAUGGCCAUCGACGAUGAUGGCCACACCGCGCUUCACUGGGCGAGCGCGAUGGGACGCAUACGCGUAGUCAAGUUGCUGCUCACUGCAGGCGCGGACAUCUUCAAGGUCAACAGAGCUGGGCAGACUGCGCUCAUGCGCUCUGUCAUGUUUGCCAACAACUACGACGUGCGCAAGUUCCCCGACUUAUACGAGCUCCUACAUCGGUCGACUCUGAAUAUCGACAACAAUAACCGGACAGUUUUCCACCACAUCGUGGACGUGGCGAUGUCCAAAGGCAAGACGCACGCGGCACGCUAUUACAUGGAGACUGUUCUCAGUCGGCUUGCAGACUACCCACGGGAGCUCGCUGACAUAAUCAAUUUUCAGGACGAAGAUGGGGAAACGGCACUGACGCUUGCUGCACGGUGUAGGUCUAAACGCCUUGUCAAAAUCCUCAUCGACCAUGGCGCAGACCCAAAGAUUAGGAACAAAGACGGCAAAAGCACCGAGGACUAUAUUCUCGAGGACGAGCGGUUCCGCUCUUCGCCCAUUAUUCCCUCGCGCACGAUGUCCAUGUCAUUCCGGAACGCACAAGCCGCCAAUCCGCCGCCUCCAGUGCCACCUGCACAUACUCAGCCGCUGGCCCCUACGUUCAGCAUGGACAAGCCCACGUUGCACUACUCCAUGACCGGCCAAAAGGCGGCGACGCGUUGCGUCAACGACGUCGCGGCACUGUUAGGCAGCCUUGCCGGCGCGUACGACCAAGAACUGCGUGACAAGGAACGCGACAUGAACCAGGCGAGCGCGCUGUUGGCGAACAUCCAGGGCGAGAUUCUUGACAGCCAGCGCACCGUUACUUCGCUCCGCACUCAGGCGCAGGGCCUCCCGCAGGCCAAGGCUCGUCUCGUAGAGCUCGAGGGCCAGCUCCGCGCCAGGAUGGGGCAGCGGUACCGCCUCGGGUGGGAAAAGUGGGUCAAGGACGAGGAGGAGCGCGAGAAGGCGAUACGCGAUAUGUCGGGCGGCAGUCUCAGGCCUAUGAACAUGGAGAACGGAGUUUACCAGGCUCCGAACGGCGACGACAUCACGGACCUGCUGGCCCUUCAUGCGGAUGUCCCGAGGGAUCCGGAGGCGAUCAAAGCACAGUGCGAGCAUCUCAGGAAUGAGGUGCACGUUCACAAAAAGCGAAGGGUGGAGACGUUCGACGCGCUCGUCAAGGCGCAGGCUGAGGCGGGCACAGGCGGACGGAUGGCCCAGUAUCGCAAACUCAUCAGUGCUGGAUGCGGAGGUGUUCCCCCUAGCGAAGUGGACAACGUUGUCAAGAUGCUGGCCGAGGUGGACGCUGGAGUCGGAGGAAUCGAGCUCCUCAACACCUUGGGCUGGUGCAGGGUUGGUUCAGAAUACAUGAUGACCUAUCUACUAGAUUCACUUUCCUUGGGACAUCUGACGAUACCACAUGUGUACUUUUACCAUAUUCUACCCUCUGUGCUAGUAGUGCCCCUAGUUGUAUCCAUGGAUCGACAUAUACUGACGAUUUCAUCCUCGCACUCACACGGCCCGGCAUGAACCCGACGAAGGUUUCAUCUGCACGCUGGGCAUUACAGCACAUGCAAUAGUAUCACGUUCCCAUCGGGCGGCGAGCAACGGUAGGAGUGAGCGUGUAGCAACAUAUUCGACGGGCAGAACAGUGUAUGUAAAGACUAUUUUACUCCGCGCGCGGCCGACCAGGGACAACCUGGUUGGGCGCAUCCAGGAGCACAAGGUUCCGCAUCUUGUUCCGCAGGCGCUCUGUCUUCUUCACCUUGCGGGCGCGGCGCUGCUGGAGACGCGUCUCUGCGCCACGGUUGACCCAGCGGCGCUUCAUCUCUGCCUUGCGCUCCUCGACGAGCUUCUCGCGCCACUUCCAGGUCGCCUCGGCGCGGGCCGCGCGUCUCGUACGGCCCAUGAGGUUCUUGUACUCCUCCUGGAUCAUCUGCUGCAGCAACGACCGCCUGUAGAGCUGGUACGCCUGCCAGCGCUGCUGCUUCUUCGCGCGCGAGUGCGGGUUCGUCAGCUCGCGGUGCACGUAGAUCUCGACGGGCGCCGCCGGGUCGAACGCGCUACGCUUUGCAAGGCUCUUGAUGUAUUCUUGCUCUGAAGGGACCUGAGCGGCCACAUCCGAGAGCUCGUCAAGACUAUCAGGCAGCGUCGGGGGUCUGUACGUGAUCUCUUCGACGGCCUUGGCAGUAGUGUCAUAGGGUGUUGCUGUCAGACACAUCCCAGG